AUGACCUUCACCUUGUCAUCUACGCUGGCCUCAAGCGAGGAGGAUGCCAGCCACAAGUCGGGGGCAGCGGAGCAGGAUGAGCUGCCCACCGUGCCAGACCGGGUAUCGCUUGGAGGGAUGCCCAUUUAUAUUGUGGACAAGCGCUUGGGGAAGGGAGGCUUUGGCCAGGUCUGCUUGGGGCGGCGGUUGCAGCAGCGGAAAACCACGCCAAUCAACAAGCCGAACAAGGUGGCCAUCAAAUUCGAAUCCACAGCCAGCAAGGGGUGCAAUAAUGGCGGGCCGCCCUACGAGUGGCAGGUGUACAACAAGAUCGCUGGGUGCUAUGGAAUACCCAAGAUCUAUGCAAAGGGCACCCAGGGCGGCUUUCACAUCAUGAUCAUGGAGCUGCUGGGUCCGAGUGUGUGGGAUGUGUGGACGACGGAGGGGCAGUCGCUACCCGUUCCCUACGUAGCCUGCGUCGCCGCAGAGGCCCUCAGAGCGUUGCAAGACUUGCAUGGCAGAGGGUAUGUGCAUGGCGACAUAAAGCCGGAGAACCUGCUGCUGGGAGCCCCGGACACUCCUGACGCCACUCGCCUGUACAUGGUUGACCUGGGCCUUGCGCAGCGAUACACAUCAUCGUCCACUGCCCGCCACCUGCCCUACCAUCAGAACCCCAACGAGUUCAGGGGGACGAUCAGGUAUGCGAGCGUGCAUGCGCACUUGGGCCGCAUCGCCAGCCGCAGGGACGACCUGGAGUCUCUGGCGUACACCCUCGUCUUCCUCCUCAGCGGCUGCCUGCCCUGGCAGGGCUUCCAGGGGGACGAUAAGGGGUAUCAGGUGUGCAAGAAGAAGAUGGACACGAGCGCGGAGACGCUGUGCGGGUCGGCGUGGCCGCCCGCAUUCAGCCGCUUCCUGGAGUCCGUGCUGGCGCUCAAGUAUGACGAGGAGCCCAUGUACGACGCCUACAUGGCGCUCUUCAGGCCCCUCACCGGCAACAGCGCGUCGCGGCCCCUCACCAUCUUCCCCUCCCCAGAGAAGACCCCCAGAAAGGUAGUCGGCCGGAAGCGCGCGAGGGAGGAUUCGGCGGAGGACACAGCGGCGGAGCUGGGGCUGACGCCCCCGGACAGCCAGCGCAAGAAGGCCCGCACCGGCUGGGCCGGCACGCAGUGGAUCACCGUCUACGUCAAACGCCGCCCCAUGAAGCAGCGGUACCACUUCAAUGUGAACGCUGACCGGCUAAGCACGCAUGUGGAGAAGGGCUACAAGGAGGGCCUCUUCAUCACCGCGGUGGCCUCCUGCAAGGGGCUCUGGGCCGUCAUCAUGGACGCCAGCGCCAAGCAGAAAGGCCAGUCGUACAAGCUGACCAACGGGGUCUUCAUGCCGCGCGAGUGGAUCACAGAGAAGUGGGACGAGGGCUACUACAUCACUGCAGUGGCAGGGUCGGACAACUUCAGCUCGUUGGUGGUGAUGAGCAAGGGCACCAAGUGGACGCAGCAGAGCUACAAGGUGGACUCCACCUUCCCCUACGAGUGGAUCAAGAAGAAGUGGCGCGAGAACUUCCAUGUAACUUCCAUCGGCACAGCUGGCAGCCCGGCCACAAAGCAGCAGUGGGCCGUCGUCAUGAGCCGGGACACCGAGUUUCGGCAUCAGGUGGUGGAGAUCGACUUCCAGUACCCCUCCGAGGGCAUCCACUACCACUGGGACAAGGGGUACCGGAUAACGGCGUGCGGCGCGACGCAGCACCAGGCGGCGGUGGUGAUGAGCCUGGCCAAGCGCAGCAACGCGGGGGACAUCGUGCAGGAGACUCUGCGCACGGGCGACUUCCCCGCCACAUACGUCAAGGAGAAGUGGGAGCGCGACCUCUACAUCGACCUCAUCGCCUACGGCCGCACUGCCAUAAUGUCCUUCUACCCCUACCUGUACUACAAUGAUGCCAAGGCGGCCAAGGACUGGCUGAUCAACGUCUGCGGCUUUGAGCACAACAUCACGAUGGAGGACCCGGACGGUACAAUUGGCCACGCAGAGGUCAAGCACGGCUUUGGCGUCGUCAUGUUUGCCACCGCCAAGCCUGCAGAGGGAAAGAAGAGCCCCAAGGAUCUGGGAGGGGCGGAGACAGCGAGUGUGUAUGUGAAUGUGAAAGAAUUGGAUAGCCUGCACGACCGCGCCAAGGCGGCUGGCGGCAACAUCACCAAGGCCCCCUAUGACACUGACUAUGGCUCGCGCGACUUUUCCAUGAAGGACCCAGAGGGGCGUCUGUGGUUCUUUGGUACCUACGUCCCGAGGCACGAGUGCCCGGACAAGAAGGAGUAAGGCGUCAUGUGCAUCAAAAUGAAGUCAAAUGCAUCUCGCAUGCUGCUGGCAUCCAAUGAUGACGGUGGCCGCCAGAACCAGUUGCUGGCCCAGCCAAAUUCAGCAUCUUUGUAUGUACUGUGUGCAGCACACAGUAGGAGUCUUUGCAUGUACAGUAUCUUCCAGAAUAGCGAGAGCAGAAGCUCACAGAUAUUUGCCCAUCAGGUCCUGAUAUGGAUACAGGAUUUAGCAGUUCUGGGUCACUUCAAUGGGUCUGGCAGGCAGACCGUCAACAACACAAUAUGUGAGCAAUUAGAGCAAUUUGACACAUCCUGAAAACUCAGGCAUGCAUUAAUCUUGACCAACAUGUAACCUCAAACGUCUGCA